AUGAGAAGAGCAGUGUUUGAUUGGGCUAAACGCUUCAAUAUUAUUCAAGGUGUUGCUAGAGGACUUGUUUAUCUCCACCAUGAUUCCUGUUUGAAGAUGGAUCUCUUCAGAAGGUACACUAAAGCUUAUGUAUUCCGAUCGAACAGGGUGAGAACUGGAAUCUUAGCUGGCAGGCCCAAAAGAAUCCAUGUGACCAUUAUGGAACAUGUGGACCUUUUUGGGUUUUGCAGAGCUUCUGAAUCUCCAAUCUGCAAGUGUUUGAAAGGGUUUGUACCUAAGUCACAUGAGGAAUGGAGCAAAGGAAACAGGACAGCAGGGUGUGUGAGGAAAACAAAAUUGUUUUGUGAGAGUAGUACACAAGCAAGUCAGACACUUCGAGAGGAAAAGGAGAUGGGUUUUCGAAGAUGGUACGGUUGA